ACCCCUCCUCGGGCUCCAUGGGCCCCGAAACGGACGGCCGCAGAGUCCGGAGAGCCACGGCCACCGGGGCUCGGAACCGGUUGGUGCCGGGCUGCCCGGUUGCCGAGCCGCCGCCCCUUCCGUCCCCGGCCCGCGAUCCUCUCAGCGCCGGCGGGCCCUGCUCGGUGGAUUCCGUGCUUUCUGGCCCAGGGGUUGUCAGCUCUGCUCCCUGCGUUGACUCUCCGUAGUUCAGCUGCCGGGUGGGGACCGAGCCCUGUUCCCCUUUAACCGCUCGGUGGCUCAGGCCCCUUGCCCCACACUCCGUUCAUACUUAUUUUGGCUAGAGCUUCGUCCUGUGGUGGUUACCUGUUCUUUCUCCCAUCCAUCUGCUGCUUCUCCCUACCCCCACCAGCCAGGUGCUCCAUGCCUUAAGUACUUUGUACUUUUUACUAGUGGAGCUUGAAUGUGUUUGACAGUAUUUUAUCUGUAGGAGUCUGUUCAUAGGGAGGUCUAAAGUUCCUUAACCAGUUGGCCGAAUGAAACCACUAAAAUGAGAAGCUAGAAAGUGACUGAAGUUACUAGAAGUAGUCGUAGAAUCAGAUCUAUGUUACAUUGCAGACCAUUUUUGUCGUCUUGGGUUUACUUCCUGGUUAAUGCCAUCUUGUCCAUGUAGAUGUAACCAACUUUAUUUAUUAACAUACGAAUAACAUUUUAAUACAAAUAAAUUAUCACCAUCUGUCCAGGAUAAUCUUAGGUUUGCAUCUCCAUCCUUUUAUCCCAGUGUGUGUCAGCUCUGUAUCAGACAUUUCUCCUGUGCUCAUUAUCGCAUGUAUAUUCACCUAAUGUUUGUAAGAAUUCUUUUGACAGGUACUUGGGUACCUACCUCAAUCUGUGAUGAUAAUACUCUUUUAAAAACUUCAGCUUGGGUCUUUACCUCAUAGCUUGUGUGCAUUGUUCUAUAUGGCAUCUGCAUUACAAUAUAUUCAAGUUUACUGUAUUAUGCUUAUAAUGCUUAGUUAUAACAAAUAAUACAUGUGCUGUCAGUGGUACUGUCCCUAAGGAACUACUUGUAUUAAACCUUACUAAAGCCUUCAAACUGCUUAUCCUAAAUUGUUUGUUUUAUGAGAUUUGUUGUUGUUUUGAGACAGGACCUCUCUACAGGCUGUCCUGGAACUCACUUUGUAGAUCAAGCUGGCUUCUAGCUCACAGAGGUUUUGCCUGCCUCUGCCUCCUGAGUGCUGAGAUUAAAGGUGUGGGCCACCACACCCAGCUCUGCAUUAUUUGUUUUAUACAUACAUAUUUUCACUCCAUGAUCCCCCCUCCCCCCUGUCAGCAUGUGUCAUGCACAUUCUUGUACACUUUGCUGAUCAUGAUGUGGAUCCACUGGAGUGUGACUGAUGAACCACACUCACCCUUCCGGUUUCAUGUCUUCUCUUCACCACAUCCCUUUGCUGGGACUUGGUGUGUUGUUAUUUAUACCCAAUCAAUUAUUUUAUCUUAUCCCAUCUAAUAAUAUCCUAACACUUCAGAUGAUGCUUUAAUUUAUAUCUCAUGUGGUUCCAAAAUUGCAUGUCCUUCCAUGACUGCUGUACCAUGGCAGUAUUAGUCUAUGUGGCUUUUAUUCUGUAGUAAAUGAGAUCUGCAAUAGUAUAGGAUUCAAACUGACAAACUGAUAAUCUAUUAAACUAACUUUACAUAAAAUUUAAGGUAAUGUAAUUUUCCUUCUUUAAUCUUUAGAGUUUUGAGGGAAAUAUUUGCUUUAAUAGUACUAUUUACAGAUCAAGAAAUUUGCUUGUUCCAGUUAAUAAAGAUACUCAUGCCUAAAUUCAGCAAACAGAAAUAACUGUAAAAUCAGGACUAAAUAGGACCUGUUUUUUAGGACCAUAAAAACUUACUACAGUCGUUGGGUCUUCAUUCUAAUGUUGCUUGCCUCCCCCCCCCCCCUUUUGUUUUGUUUUGUUUUUGAGACUAAGUCUCACUAUGUAUCCCUGACUGGCCUGGAAGCUGUACAUACCAGGGUGGUUUGGAACUCAGAGCGAUCCACGUGCUUCUGCCUUCUGAGUACUGAGAUUAAAGGUGUUCACUACUUACUAUUCCUGAGUGGUGACUGUAGCAGGCUGCAUUGCCUUCUAUAUCUUAGGUAAAGCACCAUAUCCCAGUUGAACUCUGCAUCCAGGAAACCCAAGAUUGAAGACAAAAGAUCAGACAUUGACUAACCUGGAAACAGGGACACCUUUGGAACUUUAUCUACAGUAAUUUUUAAACUGUCGUCAGGUGAAAUCGACUGCAUCUUAUUCUGCUUAUUGGAAAGAACAUGGCUUCAAGGAUUUUGAAUUUCCUUUCAGUUUUUCAUGAACUCUCUGGGAAACGGAGCCCUUAAAGGGCUUGGGAAUAACAAGAAGAGAUUGAAAACGGACGAUACUGCUGUUUUUCUCCCCUUUCAAAGAAAAGGAUUUACAACUCAACCCUCUAACAGCUGUUGUCCAACUUUGGCCAUCAAGAGAGAAAUAAAUAAAAUUCAGUCACCAUUGCCAGACGACCAGCCCUGGUGAAGUCAAGGUGUGAGAGGUGGUAUCGAGAAAGGACAAGGACUGCAGUUAAAAAAUCAGCUUCUCUUUAAGCUGGAAGGGACCCCAAGUUCCUUCUUGGAUUAAAAUAGAAACCCAGUGCACGCCUCUUAGGUGCUGCUCGUAUUUUGUGGAAGUGUGUUGUGGAGGAGCUCUUGUAUCUCCUCAGAAGAGUUAAAGCCCCCUGUCCCCCAUAUUCUUUCCUUCCUAACCUUCCCUUUGAAGACCUGCCUCCAUCCAUGAGCUAUACCUUGAUCUGCUUGGCUCUCCAUGUUUUCCACCUGCAACUGUCUGCAUGCACACAGCCUACUGUUUGUCUUCAAGUUUUGAAUUGUACAAGUUGUGCUUCUUAAUCUCCUUUUCUGCUUUACUCUGGGGAAGUGGUUAUUAAUCACUUGAAAUCACCUUUCCCCCUCCCAUGUGCUUUCCUUUAUUUGAGAUCUUUUGACCUUCAUUUUUGUUUGGGAGGGGGAAGGGUGAUAAUUUUGCAUUUUCUGUUUUCCCCAGUUUCUUUCCUCUUUGUUUCCCUCAUCCCAUUUUCUUGUCUGUUCUGCCGCUGUGUGGGCCUGGGCUAUGCGGCAGGGCACAUCUUCCAUCAGAGCUCCAACAUGCCCGCAGAGUCUGGAAAGAGGUUCAAACCCAGCAAGUAUGUACCGGUCUCAGCAGCCGCCAUAUUUCUAGUGGGAGCUACAACACUCUUCUUUGCCUUUACGUGUCCAGGACUAAGCCUGUAUGUGUCACCUGCAGUGCCCAUCUACAAUGCCAUCAUGUUUCUCUUUGUGCUGGCCAACUUCAGCAUGGCCACCUUUAUGGACCCAGGAAUUUUCCCCCGAGCUGAAGAGGAUGAAGACAAAGAAGAUGAUUUCCGAGCUCCUCUUUACAAAACAGUGGAGAUCAAGGGCAUCCAGGUGCGCAUGAAAUGGUGUGCCACCUGCCGCUUCUACCGACCUCCUAGAUGUUCCCACUGCAGUGUCUGUGACAACUGUGUGGAGGAAUUUGAUCAUCACUGCCCCUGGGUGAACAACUGUAUUGGUCGCAGGAACUACAGAUAUUUCUUCCUUUUCCUCCUUUCCCUGACAGCCCACAUUAUGGGUGUGUUUGGCUUUGGCCUCCUUUAUGUCCUCUAUCACAUAGAGGAACUCUCAGGGGUCCGCACUGCUGUCACAAUGGCAGUGAUGUGUGUGGCUGGCUUGUUUUUCAUCCCUGUUGCUGGCCUCACAGGAUUUCACGUGGUGCUGGUGGCUAGGGGGCGCACAACCAAUGAACAGGUUACAGGUAAAUUCCGGGGAGGUGUGAAUCCCUUCACCAAUGGCUGCUGUAACAAUGUUAGCCGUGUCCUCUGCAGCUCUCCAGCACCCAGGUAUUUGGGGAGACCAAAGAAAGAGAAGACAAUUGUAAUCAGACCGCCUUUCCUUCGACCAGAAGUGUCAGAUGGGCAGAUAACUGUGAAGAUCAUGGAUAAUGGUAUCCAGGGAGAACUGAGGAGGACUAAGUCUAAAGGAAGCCUAGAGAUAACAGAGAGUCAGUCUGCAGAUGCGGAACCUCCACCUCCUCCUAAGCCGGACCUGAGCCGAUACACAGGGCUGCGAACGCACCUCAGCCUGGCUACUAAUGAGGAUAGCAGUCUCUUGGGCAAGGACAGCCCCCCUACACCUACCAUGUACAAGUAUCGACCAGGUUAUAGCAGCAGCAGUACAUCAGCCGCCAUGCCUCAUUCCUCCAGCGCCAAGUUGAGUCGUGGAGACAGCUUGAAGGAACCAACCUCAAUUGCAGAUAGUAGCCGCCAUCCCAGCUACCGCUCAGAGCCCAGCUUGGAGCCAGAGAGCUUCCGGUCUCCCACUUUUGGAAAAAGCUUUCAUUUUGAUCCACUGUCCAGUGGCUCACGAUCCUCUAGCCUCAAGUCAGCCCAGGGCACGGGCUUUGAGUUGGGCCAGUUGCAGUCCAUUCGUUCAGAGGGUACCACCUCCACCUCCUAUAAGAGCCUGGCCAAUCAGACACGCAAUGGAAGUCUAUCUUAUGACAGCCUACUCACUCCUUCAGACAGCCCUGAUUUUGAGUCAGUACAGGCAGGGCCUGAGCCAGACCCACCUUUAGGCUACACUUCUCCCUUCCUGUCAGCCCGGCUGGCCCAGCAACGGGAAGCUGAGAGGCACCCACGUUUGGUGCCAACGGGCCCACCACACCGAGAGCCCUCGCCAGUUCGUUAUGACAAUCUGUCUCGACACAUUGUGGCCUCCCUCCAGGAACGAGAGAAGUUGCUACGACAGUCACCUCCACUUGCAGGCCGUGAGGAAGAACCAGGCUUGGGAGACUCAGGCAUUCAGUCAACACCAGGCUCAGGCCAUGCCCCUCGUACCAGUUCCUCUUCAGAUGAUUCAAAGAGAUCACCUUUGAGCAAGACUCCACUGGGACGCCCAGCUGUUCCUCGUUUUGGCAAACCAGAUGGGCUAAGGGGCCGGGGACUAGGGUCCCCUGAACCAGGCUCAACUGCCCCCUACCUGGGCCGAUCAAUGUCCUAUAGCAGCCAAAAAGCCCCAUCUAGUGUCUCUGAGACAGAGGAAGUGGCAUUGCAGCCAUUACUGACACCCAAAGAUGAAGUACAGCUCAAGACCACCUACAGCAAAUCCAAUGGGCAGCCCAAGAGUAUAGGCUCAGCUUCCCCUGGCCCAGGCCAGCCACCUCUCAGUAGCCCCACAAGGGGAGGAGUCAAGAAGGUGUCAGGGGUGGGUGGUACCACUUAUGAGAUUUCUGUGUGAAUCUUGGCGCCUCCCCUCCCCCACACCUCUGCACCUACACCAAAGGGCCUCAGGUGGCCACCUUCCUUCCCUCAAGGGGCUCCCCUACUUUGCAUGGACAUUUUAAAAUCACCGAUUCCAAGAGGAUGAGGCUUGUUUUACAAAAUGCCAUGGGGUUGAGGAGAGUCGGGGCCCUGAGACAGGGGUGGCAACCCCUCCCCCCUUUGAUCUUUUAAGACCUUCCCUUCUUUGAUCCCUGGACCAGACUCAGUGGACAUUUGUGCAAUUGCUCGCCCUGGAGGGAACCAGAUCAUUUUUAAACCAGAAAUAAUUUUUUUUAUUAUUGUUACGGAUUCUAUUUUUUUCCUCUUCUCCGUUACCAGGUGUGUGUGUACAUAUAUAUAUAUUAUAAAUAUCAAAGAAAUUAUAUAUCUAUCCUGGGAUGGGAAAACAAGGGAGGGAUAUAUAGAUAUAUAUAUAUAAGGAGGGGGAUUUUACUCUUCCCUUUCCUUAGACCAGCAGGAAAAGAGACAUUAAAGUCUUCCUUUUCCCCAUGGUUCCCUCUUUUGUCCCAGUUAUCGACUAAGGAAAUAGCACCCUCUGCUGGUGCUAAGUGAUUAGGAAAGAAACCUGGUUAAGUCUGGGCUUCUUGGUCAGAUAAAGGAACUUGCAGAGUUUUCUAGGCUCAUUGACAUCUAGUUUCCCCAGGAAAGGGGUCACAGUUCCAUGACGGUGGUGGGAGAUCAGGAAAAGAGCUUGGCCUAGUUUAGGAAAACAUCAGGCAGCCUCCCUCCCCCCAUUCUCGGGAGACAGGGAUUGUGUGGGCUUAGUGAGCCCCUUCAUGCGUCCCUAUAACUCACAGUUAAAAUGAUCUUAAAAUCCAAGGCCAGAAGAGAAGAAUCCAAAAAGCAAUAUUUUUCAUCAUAUGCCAAAAAUGGGAUAGAGAGAAGGAGUGGCAGGCCUAGGCCCCUCCGAUUGUCCCCUGGGGUUUACCCCUUAGCCCACCUCAAUAUGGUGCUGGGUAGAGGGGGUAGCUGGGUUCUGACCUUAAAACAGGGAAGACCCCAGCCUCUAUACAGAGACCCUUUAAUUUUUUUAUUCUGAUUAGCCAUUUUAAACCAACAUGGAAUAAAAUAAAUCCUGAUCUAACCAGC